AGUUAGGCAGCAGUGGGACGAUGACCAGUGGUUCCGAAACUUCCAGAUGCAGAAGUCCACCUUCCAGGAGCUCUGUGCAUGGCUUGCCCCUGCCCUGCAAUGCCAGGACACUCACUUGCGGCCUGCCAUCUCCCUGGAGAAGCGCGUUGCUAUUGCUCUGUGGAAACUGGCCACCCUUGACAGCUACUGCUCCGUGGGACAUCAGUUUGGCAUGGGGAGGUCUACUGUUGGGGCCGUCUUGAUGGAGGUGGUGAUGGCCAUCAAUGCAGAGCUGCUUCACAGGACUGUCCGCCUCAGAGACCUGCAUACCAUCUUGGCACUCGACAGGACUCACAUCCCGAUCCGCACACCACCCCAUCAAGCAGCACAGUAUAUUAAAAGAAAGGGCUACUUUUUGAUGGUGCUGCAGGGCCUGGUUGACCAGUGGGGACAAUUCACAGACAUUUGUAUCAACCUGGGUGAAAACCUGGGUGAGGAGAAAAAUCUCUAUGAGGAUCCCUUCUAUGGGAAAUUAUCUUUAUCCCCCCAUUCCACCACCAUCUGUGUGAAUUAG